AUGCACAAAACUGGCGUGACGCCUGUCGCUCCCCUCAUUUCCAGCGCUGUCUCGUCGUAUCGGAAUUCGCGCGUGCUGAGCCGAGUUUUCUCGUCGGUUCUCACAUUUAGCUCGAGUUUCCGCUUGUCUUGACACGACGUGUGAUGCUUUCAAUGUACUUUUCAAAACGAUAUUUUCUUUCAGUAUGGCCGGAAUGUUGCGUCGCUUGCGGCGCUCAAGUAAAAAGGCCGCCCGUUUCCGUUUCACUGUAACUUUACAAGAGCUUCUGUUGGUCGCUGACGACGUCUGGAAGCCGGAAACUAUUGUUGUUUCGUUUUUGCACAGGUCAGAGAGCGCGGUUACUUUUAGCAUGUGGGAAAAUAUUGCAGAAAAGCAACUUUUUGUUAUUUUUUUAUCUUGGUUGUUAAAAUUAUAAUUUUUUUGAUUUUGAGCUUCAAAAAAAGAUUUUUUUAGAAUUUAAUUUUUGCAAAAUUAUGCCUGAGACUUGCAUUUUUCUAGAUACUGAACUUGGCUUUCGUUUAAAUUUUUUUUUCAUGGUUUUUGCUCCUUCAAACAACUCGAGAAGGAUUUUGAAAAGCACACGUUAAAAAUUUUCACGAUCUCGGAAGAACUUCAAUUUUUAGGUCGUAUUUUAAUUCAAUUAUACUUUUUUGAUCUUUCUAUCUCCUUUUCAAUUUUUAAACUUCCAGAAGACGAAAAAUCUCCUCCAAAGAGCGGAAAUGGGAGCAAUCCUUUUCCAACAGUUCACAAUGUGUGAUUGUUUGGCCAGAAAUCGCGGCCGAUACUUUGGACGUUGUCACGACUUUGUAUAAAACCUCAAAUGAUGAUCAGUUUGAUGACAAGGUUGGUGAAAUUUUCAAAGGCUCAGUUUUUUGAGCCGCACCUUUACAUCGCUUAAGACUACGGUUUCAAACUCCUUAUGAGUUUUCAGAACUCGAAAAUUUUUUAUUAAACUGUAAUUUCGUGCUACUGUUGACAUUUAUGAAAAAAUUGAUUCUUCUAUAACUUAGGAAUGCCAGAGUGGUCCCUAGAGCGGUUAGGGAAAAAACCUCUUAGAGGUUCUCCCUGGAGGGGGAAAUUUAGGUGGUCCCUAUGGGGGUUAAAGAGCUGCCUCUUGAGCUCCUAAAGGUUGAGUGAUCCCUACAGGGUUCUUUAUAUUUUGCGUGUUUUGAAAAUUAAAACGACUUUUUUUAUAAAUCUAAAUUCUCCCCUAGAGUGGCCUCUUUUGAUAGGUUCAGAAGCCUGAUAGGGGGAGUCAAGGUUUUCCUUAAAGGUGUCCCUUAAGCUUCCCUAUAGGGACCACUCUCUCGUUUUUAAGUAUUUGCUGUUUUAACCUAUGGGCUCUCACUAUGAGGAGAAUGCACUUAUUUUUUUAAGUUCUUGUGUUUUCAAACAUACAAAAUUCCAUAAGUCUCUAAUCCCCCCUUAUGAUCCCAAAUAUAUUUGUUCAUAUCCCAGGAAUGGACGAUCGUAGUGGAAGAAGUGAACGCCAAGGGGAAACGGAAGGCGAUCGCCGCAGUCCCCCUGAACGUCCGGCUCUUCAUCCUCGACCUUCCCGAGCACCACAGCGAGCUCAAACUCAAGCUCCGCCCUCUGAAUCCGCACCUCAAACAGUGCUCCCUGGUGAUUCUGCUCGCCAGCCAGAUGCUCAAGGAGGGAUUGUUAGUUUUAGUCUUUUUGGAGGAGGAAGAAAAUUCAGAAAUAGAAAAAAUUGUCUGGUCCAGAUUUGUUAGGAUUCAUUAUUUUGGUUUUUUUUCGGAAAGAAAAAAAGAUUUUUUAGAUGAGGUGUACUUGAAAUGGAAGGAUGUAUCGUAGAAAAUGAGGAUGUUUUUCCAUAAAAGUUGGGAAGAAAUAGGUUUUUCGUUUCUUGUAAGGUAACUAUAUACAUACGGAUUAAUAGAGAAUGCUCAAAGAUGUUUUUUUAGUCUUUUUUUCCAGAAAUAGAAUCUUUAAAGAAGUAGAAAAAGUCAUUUUUUUCUAGUUUUUUUCAAGGAGUUUUUGUUUUUCUGAAGUUUGAAGGAAAGCAAGAUUUUUGAUUGGUCGAGAUUUAUAAAAAAACUGAGGGUGCUCUAUAUUUAAGAAUAUUUAAAAAAACAUUCACUUUUUUUGAAAAUUAACUGUAUGGUUACUGAUUGCUAGAGAGCUUGAUAAAAAUUCGAUAGAAAUUUUUCAGAAUUUUUAUCCACUAUCUUUUUUUACUUUUUUUCAAGCUGUUCGCCAAAAAAUUAUUAAGAGUUCAGAAAGAAGAAAACUGUAACAUCUGACUUUUUUUGAGUUCAAGAACAAUUUUUUUCUGAGUGAAAAAAAUCUAUUUUUUUCUUAUUACUGUCAUUUGGGGUCUUCUGAAUAAUAUUUUAAUAAUGUUUGAUAAGAAAUGUUGAGAUAACUUGCUCAUUUUUUUCAUGGAAAAUCUAGAAAAAGGGCGAUUUUUUUUUCGUUUCAGAGCCGACGAAAUCAGCCGAGCUUCUUCAAUAUCCAGCGUUGAUAGAACUCCUCGAGAAAUAACUGUACCCGACGCUGCCAGGGUGGAAAAUGCUCAAAAUAGUGGUUGGUUUCGAUUUUCGCGUUUAAAACAAGUUUCAGAGCUUUUUUUGUGCUUUUUUCAUUAUUGUUUUUUUUUUCUUGAGCAAUGGAAAAGCUUCUCAAAAAUGGUCAAAAGGAAUUUUUUUUUUACUUUGGCAUCUUUUUCAAUUCCGUUAAUAAAAAGUAUGCUAAAGAGCAACUAAAAAGGUUCCAGAGAACCCAAAAAAGUUUAAGGCUAUGAAAAAGGAACUCAAAGACUGUCUUAUCGUUUUUGGAGCCUUUAGGGGAACCUCUCAAGCUUUUUUUGAGAGGCCUCAAUGAAAAUUUCCAGUUUCAUCUAUAUUUUUAUAACUUUUUUGAGUUCCUUGCAUGUUUAAUGUUUUCUUGAAGUCUCCCCAUUUCCAGUGGCCGCCCGUGAAAUAACCGAAAUUUCGAGCUCAAUUCAACAGUGGAGAAGUGCCGAGCCUGACCACAGAAGCCUUGAGCCGCAGCAGAAAAAAGUUGAGGUCGAAGAAAAAGCUCCGCCAGUUCCCAAACAUGCGGAAAGGCCGCCUGAAGAAGCGCCGAGUAAAGGUGAGGGUUUUGGCGUUUUAGUGGCCAAUGUAGUGGUCGGAUUAGUGGUCACUGAAGUGGUUAUAAAAUAGUGGACUCUUAAGAAGUCUGAAUGGUACCAUUGAACCUGUAGAAAUUUCAGGGGCCGCUUUUGAGGUCGCUGAUUAAAACUUUAUUAAAAAAUUAUUAGAAAUUUGUGGUUUACCAGAUUUUCAAUUUUUUCUUUUUGCGCUAAUUUGAAGCACGUUGUCACUGAAGAUCUCUCUAAGUAGCUCUUGAGGGACCUCUUAAGUAGUCACUUAAGUUUUAGCCAGUGUUUUCACAUUUGAAUACUCAACUUUACUUUCUCCGAUGGAAGAAGUUGGUUAAUUCCUCUCAAUUAUUCACGUUUAGAGACCUUGAGGGACCACUUAAGUGGUCACUUAAGGUUUUCCCACUACUUUUGCAUUUAAUUAAUCAAUUUCACUCUCCCUGAUUCAAGAAGUUUGUUGAUUUCUUCACAUUAUUAAUGUUUAUGGUCCUCAAGGGACCUCUUAAGGGUACGGCUAUAGUUUUCCCAGUACUUUCACAACUACAAAAACUCAAUUUUACUUCUCCAGAUCGAAAAAGUUUAUUGAUUCCUUUAAAUUAUUCAUGUUCACAGACCUCGAGGAACCGCUUGAGUAGCCACUUAAGUUUUCCUCAAUUUCACUUUUCCAGUUCGACCGCCUUGGCGAGUUUCUGUGGAAAAGCAGCCGGAGCCGGAAAAUGAGAAGGAAAACGAAAAAGAAAAAGAAAAAGAGAGAGUUGGUGCCAGGAUCAGCAGGGCCAGUGUGGAAGAUCGGCCGGCGACGAACAUCGUUUUUGAGGUGAAAUUUUAAUAAAUUUGGUAUUUUUCUACUUUUCAAUUAAUCAAAAUGUUUUAUUUCUCACACAGAAGUACUAAAAUUCACGAAAUAGAUGUAGGGAGGAUUUGGGAACAUAUUUUUGGGAUUUUUAUGGAGUUUAUUGUAUGAAUCAGAUUGAAAAUGGCUUCAGAAUCCGAAAAAGUAGCCUUUUUUUCGUUUUUUGUUGUGAAAAAGAUGAGUUUGAGUCGUGAAAAUGCAUCAAAAAAAUAGUGUUUCUAGAUUUUUUCAAUAACAAGGCUCGUGGCUCAAGCUCCGCCUCUUAUGGAGCGAUAAAACCAAUCAUAAAGCGAGACAUUCACAGAGCGCUUUUCUAAUGACGUCAUUGUACUUGACAUUCAAAUUCUGAACAGAUUUUUAGUCAACUUUUUACUAUUUUUUUGACUGCAUUUUCUAGCGUCGAAACGAAGAAAAAUCUUUUGAAAAAAAAGAAAAGCUUUCUAAAAAAAUCCCUCUUUUUUUCCAGGUCGACGAAAAAAAUCGCAUGCUGUCCCGAUUUCAGCAGCUCUUCUUGGCACGAAUUCGAUGCCUCGGGGCGUUCAUUCGUUCGUUUUUCAUCAUUUCAGUUUACUGUUUUUUUCUGAAUUUUUUUCAACAAGAUAAUCUAAAAGUCUUUUCAUUUUGUAGAGAAGAUAUAUUGUGCAAUUUUUCUAAAAAAAAUGUGGUACAAAUCUUUCAUAUUUACGUAUUUUUUUCUCUGACUCAGAUUUACUGUAUUGAUUUUUUUGAUUAAGCUUUAACGAAGUGGUUGUCCAUAUUCACUUGAAAUUUUGGAAAUGAGCCAAUUUGAGUGAAGAUUUUCAGGUGUUUCCGGAUACUUUUUGCAACCCAAAGAAAUCUGAAAAAGAAACGACCAGAAAACCUCAAAAAGAUAAAAAUAGAAAAUAAAAUGACAAAUUUCUGUACGAAAUUAAUAGAAUUUCUCAAAGAAUGACUGUAUUCCAAUUUCUUCUAGAAUGUCUACUCUCAAAAAGUCAACUUUUUCAAAAUUUAUUCACUUGGAACUAUAGCUCAUCCCGCGCCAGUUUCUCACGGCUUAAUUUUCCUCGCAGCUACGAAAACUCCUUUCGAUGCGCGUGGCUUGUUUUUGUGCAUGCGCCUUUGAAAAAACGGUAUUCAGGGCUAAAUUAAAGGCGCAUGCUGAGAGAAAGGCCGCGCGCAUCGAAGGGAAGAUUUCUGGAAGGGUUCUGUAGCUCGGAGGAGAAUAAUAAUCGUGACAGGCCUAAAAUUUAUGUUUUAUUAAAGGCGCAUGUCCAGAAAAAAGCUGCUAGCGGUUUUGUAGCUCGGAGGAGAAUAAUAGUCGGGACGGACCGGAAACUUCCGUUAUUUUAAAGGCGCAUGUAGAAAAACAGACAACGAGUACCGGAGGGAAAUUUCCCGUAAGGGUUUUAUAGGCCGGAGGAAAAUAAUAAUCGUGACAAGCUGGCGGAAAAAGACUAUACCCAUAGUUCUCCUUCAGAAGAUCCCACUCCCCACGAGCACCCGCCCGGAUCUCCGCUCCAGAACCCAUUGAUGGAGAAUCUUUGCUCCAAUGGACACAGAGGGUAACUCAAGGCUAUUACGGCGUCAGAGUCACUGAUUUCACGUUUGGAUUUCAUCUAAUUCACAAGAAGUAUUGGAACUUUUCCGCAGAAAAUCCUGGCGGACCGGAUUGGCCCUCUGCGCCAUUGUACAUUCUUACCGUAGCGAUUUGAUUCCUGACUAUGAAUCUUUGGAUUUUUCCGACACUUUCAAUGGCCGCAAAUCGAAUGUUAAGAAGGUUGGUUUGGAAAUAAACUGUGGGGAAAAUAAAGAAGAAGAUUGCAUUAAAAUUAAUUUUUUUUGAUUUUUUUUUCAGUAUUUUAACAUUUUUCGGGGUUUAAAGAUGAGUUAAAGAUUUUUUAAUUGUAGUUCUCCACUUUUUGUGUUUUCUAGCCUUUGUAGAGAAGAAUUUUCGGAAAAUUGUAGUUUCUAUUUAAACAAAAAAACUUUUUUUCCUCAACCUUUUUCAGCCAUCUUCACUUUUUUUGAGAUCCGAAUUUGUUUCAGUUUUUUUAUUUCUGAAAAAAUCUUGAAAUCAUUUUUUUGAGGCUUUUUGAAAAAUUCAUUUCUAAUUGAAGGGUACGGAUUGAAAAAUGAAAAAUGGUAAUUUUCUUUUUUUUUUCGAAAUUUUUAUUUAAAGGUGUUUUUUUUUGUAUUUUUUACAUCUUGCCUUUCUGAGAUUCUGAUAAAUGUUGGAAAGUGUAUAUUUUUAUUUGAAUUCGAUAACUUUGUUAGUAUUUUUUUUAAUUAUAUUUUUUUUUCUUGUAGUUUUAGCUUUUUUCUAUUUAUAAAAACGUUUUUCAAGUUUUGGUUACUCUCUCUGUUUUUGAUUUUAGAAAUUUUACUUAUUUUUUUAUAAAAAGAAGAAAUCUCAAAUUUUUUCUCGAGCCUAUUCAAAAAGUUGAUAGUCUUUUUGAAUUAUAUAGAACAAGUUAUAAGGUUCAAAAAUUAUGAAAAUAAAUGAUACGAUUUAUUUUCUGGUCUUUUGAAUAGAUAUAAGAUUUCCAAACCCAAAUUUUUAGCAUUUUUUUAUAAAAAAAUUAUAAUCUUUAUAAUCCUGCCAUUUCCUAAAGACAACAACUAAAUAAAACUUGAAUCUACCAAAGUUCGAAAUUCUCCAUUCCUUCUAUAGUUCAAAGUUUUUUUUUUCGAGUUCAUCCAAGCCUUUUUUCUCAGCCAUUUUUGAGGCAAUUAAAAGUGGGAAUUUAUGAGACCCUCUGGGGAAAAAGUUCCGAAAGAAGUCGUUUUGAAGGCGUUGAACGGGUUCCUGAGGAUGGGCAUCUCCGACAUCCCGGACGAAGACGAGAUCCUCACGCCGAACAGCAGCAAAAUCAAGCAUCUUCUGGAACAUUUCCGGAGGAUCGUCGAGGGCGCCAUGGCCGGAUCGACUCCGGCCAGCAAUUCCGACCACAGGAUCUCCCAGCUCUACAACAUUUCCGAGUCCGAGAUGAAGGUUCGUUUGAAGAUGACGUUACGGUUUCAAUGGCUUUUCAAAAUAUUCCGUUGGUUUCCGAUUGUAUUCUUAGUGCCUGAAUACACUUAACUUUAGAUUUUUUGGGGGAUUAAUAGGGGGAAAAGUUCGAAAAAAAUACAGAUUUUUCCAUAAGAAUACGAUGAAAACCUGAACUGAAAGAAAAAAAUUUUGUUUUCCAAUUCACUCAUAAUUUCAAAUCCGUCCGUUGUUUUCCAGUUAUAUUUUUAGUUUCCGAAAAUGGGCUCAAUUUUAAGUUUUUUGGAUUAAUGGGGAAAUUUUUUUGAAAAAAAUAUAGAUUUUUCCAUAAGAAUCCGAUAAAAUCUGAAUUGAAAGAAGACAUUUUUGUUCCAAUUUACGCAUAGUCAGUUCACAGCUCUUUUCGGUAUUUGAGAAUCAGAGAUGAAAAUUUUUUCUUUUGAAUAAGAAGUUACGGUUACAAUGGCUUUCAAAUUUUUUUAUCUGAAUUGUAAGAAGAAACUUUUUUUUUCUCAUUCACGUCAAUUUACUGCUUUUUUUGGUAUUGGAGAACCAGAAAUAAAGAUUUUUUUGAAUAAGAAGUUGCGCUUUAAGGUUUAAGGCCAUUUUUAAACAAUCAAAUUGAUUCAGAAAAAAAACAGCUUCAUUUCUCAAUUUUUUUGCCUUUUUCUCGAGAUUUAUGUGUACCAAAGGUGUGAAAAAUUACAGUCUCGCAAUAAAAAAAUCCAAAAAAAUAUUCUCUUGUAAAAAGCUGGAUAGCUGAAUAAUAAGUUUAAAGCUUCCUUUGAAAAAAACUUUAUUUUUAAUAUUUAGUUCAAUUGGAAGACGUAGGACAAAAAUUCAGCUCUUUAAAAAAAUAUACUAUGGCCAAAGUACUAAUCUUCUCAUUAUUCCAGAGCCCGAAAUUCAAACUUUAAAAAGAAAGCCUUUUUUUAAAAAGCAUUCCAGUUUCAAUUACUCUUGAAAGUUCAAAUAUUUUGAAAACCUUAAUGAAACCUCAUAAUUAUGAUUCCGUAAUUGUAGACGUUUUCUCCGGAAAUAUUUUUUUGAGUGAAAAAAAUAAAUUUAAAAAUAACGGCUGUCCAAGAAUUCCGAAAAAGGUUGCUGAGAGCUGAAAAACUGAAAAAUUAAUUGACAGCUGCUUUGAAAAAAAUUUUCUCCUUCAAAUCAAUCUAAAGGUCGCAGGUGAUAUUUUCAAGAAAAAGGCCUUUUUUUCAUUUUUUCAAAAAUUGCAGGUCCUGGAUGAGAUCAAGAAACUCAGGGAACAGAACGAAUUGGAAGGCGCCGUUGAUUAUACAAAUGUUGAGGUGAUUUUCAUAUAAUUUCGGAAAAAAAGUAGGAUUUAUACGAGUUUACAGUUUCGAAACGGUUGUGAGAAUUUUUCCUGACUUUUUCGCAUUUUUCAGGAAGAAUCCCAGCCCUUGCCGGAAAGCUUCUCCACCCCCACCACUAAAGUGACCACUGUGGUGAUUCGAAAAAGAUUUUCUCAAUUUUAUAGUCAUUUUUGGAGGUUUCCUCAUCAAAAACUUCGACUUUGCCGAGAGAUCCCUUUGAUGAUGAGGAAGGAAAUGAAAAAUCCAACUUGUUAGUUAAUUUUCAAGUUUUUAGAAGGGAAAAUCGUGAUUUUUAAGGUCUUUCGGCCGACAAAAUGUGUCGAUUACAAUGGUUACACCUGGAAUAUCGAAUCUUCGAGCUUCGGUAUCAGUUUCAGAGAAUUAUUAGGGUUUUAGGAAAAUAAAUGAUAGGGGACUGUAGAAUAUUGAAAAACCUUUUUUCUUGUUUGUUACGCCUGGAUUUCCAAGGCUUCGGUACAAAUUUUAAAUAUUUUUCAUGAUUAAAGUCACGAAAAUCAAAAAAAUUGUAGAGAUUUUUCGUAAAAUAAAUAACAGAGAAUUAUAAAAUAUUGAAUGAUUCAAGGUUCUUUUAUGAGGGACUUUGGGAAGGAUCUAUUUUUUUUCCCGUUUGUGAAGUCUGGAACUUCAAAUCUUCAAGCUUUGGUUUUUAUUUUGGAAGUUUUGCAUGGUUAAGGUCCCGAAAAUCGAAAAUUUUGGAGAUUUUCGCAAAAUAAAUAACAGAGAAUUACAAAAUAUUGAAAAACAGUUAUAGUUUUCAAUUUUUUCAAUGAAGAAAUUACCUACUUGGAACUUAAAUCUGCUGAUUGUUGUUAACAACUUCGAUUUGAUGUUUUUUUUCAUUUCCUCAUCGAUUUAUCGAUUUAAUGAUUUUUUUUCAAGGGUCGAAACGCUUCUCCCGCAAAACAAGACGAGUUGCGGAGACAGGCGAAGGCGAUGAUCGAGAAGGCGUCGGGAACUCCUUCCGUAUCUGUGAGCCUUUUUUCAUGGUAGCUUUCGCGUCGAUGUUUCAUCGCCUUAGGAUGAUCCUUCAAUAGCGCUAGAUUUUUUGACUUUUAAUGUGUAGCUUUGCUGGUAAAAUCGGCAGAAUACGGUUUAAAAAUCUGAACAGAUUGUAUAGUCUGUCCGGCGCGACUUCAAAGUCUUCUAGUGUCUGCGUCUCUCUUUCCCUCGUCGGAGACGUCAGAGAAACGGGAAAAUAUCCCCUAAACAUGAUAGGGUCGCCGAGAGACGAGGAGGGCGCGGACAAAGAAACAUUUUCUAACGAAUUCCUUAUCUCCUUCUUUGUUCAAUUUCCCGCUUCUUCAGAACCUAUAUUGUCAAUCUUUUUUUUUAGAAAGAGGUUGAUGAGGAAAAGCUGAAAGAAGCUCGUCGGCUACUGGAUCAAGCAGUCACCGACGGGGCGACCUUCAAGAUUUCUUCGAAUAAAGGUAUUUUUUUCAGACCUCGAAAAAGAUAAAAGCUCUUAAAAAUUUUUUUAAUAAUGCGAACGCUUUUUUUAUAUGGCCGGUUCAAUGAAAUUCCGAAUUCUUAAUUUAAAACGCAUUAUUAGGUUUGAGCGAUUUGAUAAUUUUUUUCACAUAAUUAUGAGUUUUUUUGAUAGAGCUAUACAUUAAGACCUACUAUUCAACCUUUUUUUCGGCUCAAUUUUUCUAGACCUCGCCCAUAAAUUAAUCCCUCAAACUCAUGCGAAAAGUUAGGUUAGUUUGAAAAGGUACUUUUCAGUUUCCCUAUGUCUUUUUAUGUUGAAAUGUAGUCUUUUGUCCAUUUUGCGUGUCCGGAAAUACAUUUUGUUGAACUAAGAUCAGUCAUUUAUUUUUUUAGGAAGAAAAGAAUAAUCUGACAUUAUAAAAACAAAAAAUAAGAAACUCGAAAAAAAUUUUUGAAAAAUGUAUUUUUCAGAAUGAUACGUAUUAGUGAAGUGUUCAUCAAAAAAAAAAAUAGUUGAAAGCUUUAUUCGCUCCGAAUUAGACCACACUUGGAAUGGCUCAGUGCGUCGCGGUUUACGACAUUCAGCACAGUGCGGCGAUAACUUACCGUAUAGCGAAAGUCGUUUUGAGUCGGGUGCACUUGAAGCGACGCUUUUACGCAUUUAGAAUCGCUCUAAAUGCGACGAGGAGAUUUGAAUUUGUGGUGAAUGAUGUAUUGGUUCCUGAAAUUUUUUCUUGAAAAUUUGUGAAUAAAGAGUAGUAUAAAAAGUUUAAGGUUUUUCAUAGUAGGCUUUGUAGAGACGUUUAAGUUUUGAAAAAAAAAAAUCUAGAAACGUAUAGUCUGUGUGCCACGACUUGAAAUUUCACGGAACGACAUUCCGAUGUUCCGCUGCGUGCGUUCGCGAAGUGUCUUUCGAUUCUAGAUCACGCUUUCAAUUGAUUUUUAUUGCUGUGGGAGCACAAGGAAGUAGAUUACCUUAAUAUAAGAAAAAAAAAAAUUAAAAGCGCGACCAAGGUUCGCAAAGGCGCCCAGCGGCACAGCGGAAUGUCGUUCCGUGAAAUUCCAAGUCGUGGUACACAGACUAUAAAGUCGAAAAAUAAAAACUAUUAAACCUUUUGGUGUGUUGUAGCCUUGUUUUUUCGCCUUGAUUUCUCACUUAUUAAUUUGAAUGCAGCUUCGACCACCCCGCUCAACUCGAACUAUUCGAGAUCAGGAUCUUCGACGGAUCUCCGGCGUGUUGGUUCGUGUGCUUUUUUUAUGUUUUGUAGUGGAAAAAAGCAUAGAUUGUGGUAGAUUUGAUAUAGUCGAUUCACGGCUAGCUCGAGGGCCUGUUCCACCAUGUAGGAGCUGUUUUUCGUGCCAUGACCCAUUUUCGAUUACUCAAGUCAGCCGUGAAUUAUUUGUAGCUGUUUGGAAUGGAUUUGGAGUUUGAAACUGUGUAAUUUGAAAAAAAAAACUGUGGUUCGUGACUUUUUCCAUCUUUUUUUGUUAAUCAGUAGAAAUAUUAUCAAUUUUGGUAGGUACGGUAGUUUUUGGAAUGGAAUGGAUUGAUAUCUCAAAUUAACUCAUUCGUGAGAAGAAGUCUGUAUUGUGUGUAUUUUCCCGUGGUGUGUUUGCAGAACUGGUGCGGCCUUCCGUCGACGUGCAUCGCUUCAAAAAACGCGACCCCUCACCCAUUCUUGCUCGUAAACGUUGUGCGUGCUUUUUUCGUGUUUUUGGCGUGGUUUGAAAAACUUUAGAAUAGAGUUUGAAAAACGGGGAAUUUUUAACUAAAACUGCUUCCACUGCGUUUGGAGUGAAGCUGUAGUUCCAGUGGUCACUUUAGGCUUGUCUAUAGGUUAAUAGAAAACGACGUUAUUUUGAUCUACUUGGCGGCGGUUACUACAGCUUUUCCUGUCGGUCAACAGUCCAGUGGUCACUCUAGUAGUCGAAUUAGUGGCCUCUUUAAAAUCUAAGCGAUACUACGAAACAAAAGCUACUAAAGUAGCCACUAGGAAACAAAACAGUGACUUCCAUAGAGGUCGUUUUAGUUGCCACCUAGUGUUCUCUUGAAGUAGGGUUUGAGAAGCCUGGCCCAAAUUGUUUAAUUAAAUAAAGUUUGAAGUUUUUUUUCAAAACCAUGUUGUUUGGAAAAUUAUUUUGAAGAAGUGUAAGGUAUUUCAUGAAUUUUGAAGAAUCUACUUCACUUUGAAAAUGCAUCUUUGCAAAAAUAUUUUUAUAUUAAAAUUUCUCUUUACAAAAAGAUUUAGUCCGUGAGAUAUAAAAAAAGUCCUGCCCAAACAUAAAUUUAUGUAAUAUUGAUUGAAAUACCGAUUUUCAGACGAUCCCGAUCAGUCUCCGAUCAUCCCAGCAAUUGGACGCAACUUGACGAACGGCAAUGGACGGGUAAAUCUUGAUUUUUUUCAAUUGACAGUGUGGAUUUUUCUGCUCUAUGAACUAAUAGAGUUGAGAAGAACUAAUAUAAGUUUGUUUAGAUUUAUUCAGAAAUAAAUUUCUCGCUCGAAAGAAAGUUCUAGAGGUUCUGUAUUUUUUCAUCCGAGCCAUUUCGCAAUUUACGUCAUUAUUUUGUGUUAGUCUCUAACAUUUAGCUGUAAUAAACUUUCUAAUUUUGAAAAGUGGAUACACAGUUCUAAGGAAAAGACCUUUUAACCCUCUUGUGAAGUCGAUUUUCCUUCCUGUUUCACAUUCUUACUGAUUUUUCUAACGGCGUGAUUGUGACUUGCAACGGACUCAAAACUACUUUGUGUGUUUUGUUGUGGUUGUCUUUGUGACGUCAUUAUUCAGACGGCGCCAGAAGAAGUAUCGGCGUUGGACCGCGUCAAACGCUACGGAAGCAUGCGAAGUUCGGAACUCCGCGAGAGUUUGGCCCAGUUUGCCAAGCAGUACGGCGUGAGUGAAAUCGUGGUGUUGGUGGGGGAUGGUUAUUGUAUAGCUUCUUUUUAAACACAGGAAAAAAAUAGCUACCGCAACCAAAUUUUCUUUUGUUAUACAACAUUGCAAAAAUUACAAGAAAAAAAUAUUUUGAAGCAGAAUUUGGUCAAUUUUUGGUGGGCGGUCUUUUUUUCAGAAAAAAAUAAUAGUAAUAAUACUAAUACAUCGUAAUGAAGAAAAAUGAAAAAUUGAUAUCUUAAUUAUUGUGAAGGUCGUAUUUUACAAUUGCAAAACACGGCCUAAUUUUCUAAAAACAUCGUCACUUCCAUAGUUAUUUUUCAUAACAUAAAGCCGUUUUAGCAAAAAAUUUCAACGAAAAGCACGUGAAAAAAAAAGUUAGUUUUUACAAAAAGCUAUAAUUCGUAUUAAAGAAGGCUCCGAAAGCCUUUGAAAAAAAAUGUUUUUAGUUUUCAAGAUUGGAUAAUUGAGGUCAAGAAAUGUUUGUAUAGAAAACUAGAUGAGUGGAAAUUUAAGAAUCUUAAUUUUUUUCACGUCGAUUUUUUUUUGGCCACUUCUCUUGGUUUUUCGUAUUUCCAAAGUUACCUUUUAAACUUUUUUUUAACGCUUCUUCAAAAAUUUCGCUUUAGUGAAGUUCCAACGUGGUAAAUAUCUCCUUAGUAUAUUUUCUAUCCUAUCGCUUCUCAACGCUUUUUUUGUUUUUCCUACAUAUUUCAUGUUGGUGUAAUUGUUAUUUAUGCGACCCUUGGUUGUUUUCUUCGGCUCCUGCAGCUUCUCAUACGUAACCCUCCCAAAACAACGUCUCAACGAAAAUUUCCUAAUUUUGGGGACCUUUUGCAGGAAUUUCGGAAUAUUUGAAGAAAAGAAGUUUUUAGAUAAACGACGCCCUCGGUUAUCCGACUUCGGACUCGGCGACAGCUACGCCGACCCGGAAAAUAAAGUCACAAUGGGAGGUGAGAAAAAUGUUAAAUCAUCUCGAAAAACAUCAAAAAUGAUAUUUUUGUGUUUUUUUAGGAUCCUCGAGUUUUCAAUUUUCAUUUUUAGACGGAUUAUUUGAGAAAUCGCGAUUCUAAAACAGUGUUCGUUGCAGAAAGACGUGGAAGACGUCGAGGGAACGACGAAGGAGCAAGAAAGGAUAGAAGAACGACUUCAGGACGUCGAGGAACAGGCGGCGGCCAUCAACAGGAAGUGCAACGAGGCCGAGAAGGGAAGCUCCGAGGAGCAGACCCUUCUGGAGACCUUCAUCGAGCUGACCAACGAGAAGAACAAUCUCGUCGGCCGACAGGAGUACUACAAUAUCAUUGAGAACAUACGGUAGAAAUCUGUGUGGGAUGAAGAAUUCAUUGGAGUGUUUCAGACAGACUGAGCAGAGGAUCAAGGAUCUGAAGGCGCAGGUCGAUGAGGUCACCAGGACUGAUGAUGGUGAGUUUGACGGAAAGAGCUGAAUUUAGGAAAGGUCUUUGAAGGAUAAUAUUAUAAUCAGCCAAGGGGUAACAUACAUACAUAGAACUUUUAGACCAGUAAAUUUCCAACUUUUGUUUAAAAUUUAGGAUUUUUAAUUCAAAUCAAACUAAAAGAGAGAACUUGGAAAAAAAAAAAUCAAAAACUUGAUCAAGAUUUAGAGGAACAGGAAUCUCGUCUUAAUUUUUAUAUUUAAAAUUCGACCAAGGAUUCUCUGUAGUGACUUCUUCAAUUCGAUUCCGAAGAGUUUGAUGAAAGGAAAUAAAUAUCAGAAAGAAUUCAUUAUAGUGUAAGAUAAUCUUUAAAUCAGCCCCGAGAAGUUGUACACAGAAGUUCAAGAUCAUUCAUUUUUUAACUGUAGUUUGUAACUUAGGAUUUUUUAAUUCAAUUAGGACGCACACAGGAAACCUGGAAAGAAUGUCAAAAAUUGAUAAAGAAUUAAAGGAACGGUAAUCUCAUCUUUAUUUCAUAUGUAAACCGUCCAUGUAGCGCUGAUAAGUGCUCUUAAGUGACUUCUUCUAUCCAUUUUGCCGCGCGUCUCAAAUUUUCUUGAAACGCUCCGUUUUGUCUACCGAACAGUUUCAGCUUCAUUUAUUUAAGAGCUUCAGAUUUUUUUUAAUUAGUAAAAGGAACUUAGAUUCUCAUUUAUAAGUUUUUUUUUGGUCUUUUAUGUAUAUUUCAAGCCCCUACACUAUAUUUACGCUUUAUUUAGGAAAUAUAUUGACGUGACGCGAAACGGACGUGCUCCGGACGUUUCUGGGCGUUUCUAGUGACCACUUUAGUAGCGUCAGCACUCUUAAGUGAUCCCUAGAAUUGCCCAGAAACGUCCGGAGCCCGUCCAUUUCGAGUUACGAAUGUUCGAGUUAGUGUGAAGGAAAAAAAAAGGUCAAACAUUUAAGAAAAAAAAGCACCAAGUUUCAACUUCUUCGAUUGCAGAAUAUCAGAAGACGUACGACGAGAAGGCCCGGACGGACAAGCUCAUCCAAGAGUACAAGGGCGCCUGGGCCGAGAAAGACGCCCUUGUUCAGAAACUCUUCGCCACCGAAGAGAAUUUGUGAGUUUGAUCGGGUUUUUACUGUUUCUAGGGCUGUAUAUUAAUAUUAAUGAAGGUGAAACAGAAGUUGUAUUGACAUAAGUCUUUUGAUUGAAAUCGGAGCUUUUAGGAUAACCUUUUCUAGGAAAUCAGUGAACUUGUAAAAAAAAUGACCCUAAAAAUCAUUGAAGGUCUAGAGAGUUGCUGCAAACUCUUAGUUUUGAAGCUUCCUGGAGAAACCAUUAUUUAUUAAAUAUAAAAAAAUCUUAUCUUCAAAAUUAGUAUUUCACACAGGUGACCAUUAAAGUAACUAUAAGACCGAUUAUUCAAGUUAUGGAAUAUUCAGAAUUUCACACAAAAACGACUUCCUUUGUAGGCGAAAUGUGUGACAGAUUAAUUAUAAGAAUCGGAAAAUGUUGCAAAUUUUCUCUUUCUUUUUCAGGUUUUUUUCUUGAAUUUGAGAAGUGUCCUGAGCGAUUUUAUUAUUAGAAACGACGAUUUUUCAAAUUUUGAGUUCUUUGAAACUAAUGAGGUAAUAGGGUAUUCCUGUUUCUAGGGCUGUAGAUUAAUAUUAAUAAGGUUGAAACAAAGUUUUUAAUUGUUCCCGUAUGUCUUUUGAUUGAAAUCGGAGCAUUUAAGAUAGUCUUUCUUAUGGAAAUCAGUGGCUUAUUUUUUGCCCCAAAAUUCACUGAAGGUCUAUAUAAAGAUUCCUGUUAAUUGCUACCUUUGCAAAUUUUUGGUUUCAAAAAUAAUAUAAUUUUUCAAGUUCUAUAUUAAAUUACUCAACUUUGAAGAAUGUCAAUAAUUAGAAUUUUGCGCCGGUUAGCAUUAAAAUAAUUAUUAGACUUACUAUUUGAGUUAUGAAGAAUUCCAAAAAUUCACGCUAAAAUGACUUCUUUUUGUAGUAGUUGACUGAUAUUUGUAAAAUUUAUAAAAAAAUAUUUAUAAAAAAAUCUGGGAUUUUUGUAAAAUCCUUCUUUUCUGAUUAUCAAAAAUUCAAAAUAAAGAAUCCUGAAAAAUUCUUAACGUAAUUUUUUUUCCAAUUUAUUUCAUGAUUCCGAGUUUUUGUAGAACUACCUAACAUUGAAGUUUGAAAUAGACCCACCAUGUAAACUUCAGAAAAUUGUCGAAAGAGCAAAGUUUGCUGCAAAUGAGCUACGUUUUCAAAAAUGAAAAAAAAUUCACAAUCAUUUCAUUUCUGAUCACGAAUCUAGUCUUAGUUGAGAAAAAAAGGUUCUUUUUCCGUCAAUGAGUUCUCGCAUGGCUAUUCGAAAUUCGUGCAAAAUUUUGAGACAUUAGGAUCGCUAUCAGUGGAUAUAUGCCCAAAAAAUCAUUUUGGAGUGCCUUCAUGGCCAGUACUGUAUUUUUACUGAUGACUUCAUCUUUUUCUCUUGAACGAAUCUUCCAGACGGGAAGACGAAGAGUUUACACUAUAGUAGUCGAAUUAAGGGCCAGUUAAGUGGCGGAAAAUUAGUGACCUCUUUAGAAGUCUGAGUGGUACUACUAGUUCAGUAAAACUACUAUGGUGACCGCUAAGACAAAAUGUAGUGGUUUCUGUAGAUGUAGUUUUAGUGGCCACUUCAGUGUCCUCUCAAAGUAGAAUUAACGGGCAGUACUGUAUCAGACUGAUGACUUUAUCGAAGUUCGAACGAAUCUUUCAGACGGGAAGACGAAGAACGUCUGAAGAACCUGACCCUGGAACGAGCUUCUCGCUUCGUCCGCGGCAUCGACCAGCCCGUGUCAGCCUCGAAACGACUGAUGCAGUGGUGGAAGCGGUAG